AUGUAUUUGUUUAUAAGGCUUUCUCUUAAUUUAUGCGAUUAUAUGACUUUGAGGACUGUAGUUGGCAAAGUUUUCGUUAAUAGACAGUUAUCUUUGAAAUAUAGAUCCUUAAUACUUGGAUUGAUUUUGGUUCUUUUAAGUAUUUUGGGCAGAGUAUACUCAGAGGAGGAAAAUUCUUUGGAUAUUAAUGAAUUGAACCGAAAUGUAGUUUUUACAGAGAAUUUUUUCUUGAAACAUAUGCCGGAUGCCAUAAAAGGUGAGGAGGAAGAACUUGAGGGAUUGAACGAAGUAGAGAAGGCGAGCGAUGUGAGUUUAAUUCCAUUGGAUGAAGGGUUUGCUCUAGAUUUGGAUUCCAGAACAAUGACUCGUGAUGCCGCUGAUAAAGAACGCAACGAACUAAAGGAACAAGGAGAGAAGGUAGUACGUGCACAUGAUGAUGAACUUUCAUUAGUAGAUCAGAGCGAAGAGGGUGAUGAAGAUGAAUUGGCUGGAAAGACAGCAAGGCUAGAUGAUACAGACCCCGGCUCUGAAGAACAAAAAAAAAUAUUGAAAUAUGAUACUGAAAUGAAGAAAAAAUUGCUUAAGUUGAGACGUAAACACAAGUAUAAGGAUAUUCCAUUUGGCCCUCAGGCACCUCACCUUGCAAUGGUUGACAUAUUUGGAGUGACAGGAGAUGAUAAGGCUGAUCCGUUUAUGGAGAUAUAUGGUUUGGAAUCUAGGUAUGAUGCUGAGAGAGACCUUGAAGAUUAUGAAAAAUUGCAUAAAUCUAUAGUAAACCCCACAAGGUUCACAGAAAGAAAGAUUUGGGGCUAUGAUCGUGAAGGUAAUCCAAUUUUUUCAAAUAAAGUGUGGUUAGAACAGAAGAUGGCAGGGAAAGUCCGAGAACUUAGUGACGGACUUAAAAAGAAGCGUAUGGAGUAUGUUUUUCCUCAGAAGGUCUACUCUACUGAUGGAUUUUUAGAUGAGUUUGGUACAUUUGGAGUAAAAUCACUAUUAGACAAAUUUAGAUUUAAACAGGAAAACAAAUCUAAGGAAAUAAGAAAGAAGAAGCCAGUUAGCAGAUUAAAAGAGCCUGAAAUUGUAAAAAAAGAUAUAGUGAGUGGCUCAGGAAGAUCUUCGUCCGAUAAAUACAUUAAUUGGCAGGUGGCACGGAGGGCAAUAAAUUUAGAAGCAAGAAAUAGAAUGUUAAAGGACUUUGAAGGAGUAGAAGAUCUUACUGGAGUCAUUAACACAAUGAAUAGUAACAACCCUGAUAAGCAAAGGAAAGACGCAGAAAAACUAUUUUGGGAUUAUUACUCUAAAAAGAAACAAAAACAAAACGUAAAAAGAAAGGAAAUAUACGAUUUGGAAAUUUCAGUUCCAAAAAUUUCGUUUAGUUUCCUACCAAAAAAAACGCUCUUUGGAUGGAGGGAGGUUCUUUUUGAUCAUGCAAUGGAAAGUAUUGGAAAAUAUGAUCCAAGAGCGAGUCAAAGGUACGAUGCUCUAUUGGGAAGUGACCAAGUAAAAGGUAUUCCACCGAGCAGAAUUAUCGCAGACAUGUCUAGUGAAGCGAUUCGUAGGCCAAAAUCACACCGUUUAUUCCGAAAUCCCAUUAAAGGUUUUAAAAACAUGUUUUGCGAGAGACUAGAAAAAAAAUAUAGAGAAUAUGUGGCUGACGUGUUACAAUUAAGAGCCGAAGACAGUACCUAUAAUGAACUGAUUGAUUUAUCUAACAAAUAUGAAACUCGACAAGACUGGCUAAGCCAGUUUGAAAAUUCGUGGGUAUUUAUUCCUCAAGGUAAGGCGAUUCCAGAUGAUAUAAGCGACAAUAAGGGAGGAAAUGAGAAAGCUGAUAAUGAAUAUGAGAAAGAAUUACUUUCAUUGGAACUAGAUACUAUUCCUGCAAGUGAAAUUGAAAUAUUUAUGCGUCAGCAUAUAAAAGAAGAUAUUCUAUUUCCUGAUGAAGACGAAGCGGAAGAGGCAAAGGAAGCAAUGUUCCGUAAAAUUAUUCGCGAAACUGCAGAAUAUAAUGAAAAUCAACCAUACAAGCUGCCUCACAGGCCAAGAGCAUCUAGAUUACUUCCUGUAAAUGAUGGUUACAACCCAGCUGAAGCUUUGAGACAAAAAGAAAGCUUUAAUACUAAAACUACAAUACUCAAGCAAGGCAGGGUCGUUGCUGACCCUAUAGAAAAGAAGAAAAUAAAGAUUUUGGAGAAGGGAGAAAGGAAGAGGGUUGAAGCAGGUUUGGAUCGAGAAGAAUAUAGGAGAAAUCUUGAAAGACAGAUUGUUCAAGAUUCAGAAUUGUAUUUAAAUGAAGAAAAAGAGAAACCGUUCAAUAACAGGAAGAAGUCCGCAAAAAACGGUUUAAACCAGGCUGGGAUUCUCGAAAAUGAGUAUGUAUACAAGGAUGAAGGCAGAGGCCCAAGAAUGAAAGACCCCCCAUUUUCCACCGACGCAGUUUCUUCUACAAAAACUCCUUAUAGAAAAAAUCCCAUACACAAGACAGUUUUUGAUAAUUAUUCGGGUAUCGACGACACUUAA